CUACCACCUGUGUGCCAGUUAGUAAUAAAACUACUAGUUUUUAAUAGACAUUCACCACCUUUGGGAUUCCACCAUGGGAAAAUGGGAGCAGUAUUCCUUUUCUUUCUUUCAGCUUCUUUAGUAUAUAUACAUAUCACAGUCAAUGGUGCAGAAAGGUUAGGAAACUGGAAGGAUACAAGGUUUAGUCAUAAGGAAGCACAAAUUAAAGUUCCUGGAAUAUUUUUACCCCUGCUCUGUAUGGAACACCGUAGGGAAUACUAAAGAAACGUGAUGGUACAGAAGACUGUAGGGAUUGCUAAAAAAUAUGCAACAGUCCAGGGAUCAUAUAGCCUUUUAAGUAGGACAGGCUUUGUACCCUGCAAGGAAUGAUCUAAACUGUGUGAUAUAUUGUAUCAGUCAGAGUUCUCCAAAGAAACAAAACCAAUAGGGUGUGUGUGUCUCUCUGUGUGUGUGUGUGUGUGUACAGAUAUACCUAUAUAUAUAUAGAUAGCUAGAUGAGAUUGGGAGAGAGAGAUUUAUUUUAAGGAAUUGGUUCAUAUGAUUGUGGAGACUAAAAAGUCCAAAAUCUGUAGGGUGGGCCGGCAGGCUGGAGGCUCAGGGAAGAGUUGAUUCUGGAGUUCAAGGCUGAAGGCAGUCUGCUGGCAGAAUUCCCUCUUCUUCUGGGGGAGGUCAGUCCUUUUUAUAUUAAGGCCUUCAACUGAUUGGUUGAGGCCCACGCACAUUAUGGAAAGCAGGAUAUUUUACUCAGAAUCCACCAAUUUAGAACCUGGGUGUGGUGACAGGCACCUGUAGUCCCAGAUACUUGGGAGGCUGAGGCAAGAGGAUCACUUGAGCCUAGGAGUUAAGUCCAGCCUAGGCAACAUAGUGAAACCCCAUCUCCUAAAAAAACAUUGCAUCUCUUAAAAAAAUGUUGAACUCAAACCAGGGGCAGUUGACAGAGACUCUUGGUAUCCUUUCUGUGUAUCUUCCCACUCCCAAUCUGCACUGUGAUUUUAUGUUCUUAAUAAGAGACUUCUGACUUAUGAUAAUGUUAUGUGCAUGGGGCCUGGUGAAUAUUUACUUUCUAGUUGUCAGAAGAAUGAGACUAAAACAGUUUUCUUGUGCAUAUCUGUUUUGAGAAGCAGGUCUGGCAUUACUCUCAUUGUAUAUCUAGGAGAGGAAGUUUCAGCUGAGUCAUGUAUUGACUUGAGACCUGGAGCAGGUGGAUCACUUGACCUCUCUGAGUGUUUCCUCGUCUGUAAAAUGGGAAUAAAUCCGGUCCUGCCUUAAAAAAAAGUCUGCCAAUUUAAAUGUCAGUCUUAUCUUAAAAAUACCUUCACAGAAACAUUCAGAAUAAUGUUUGACCAAAUAUCUAGAUAUUGUGGCCUAGUCAAGUUCACAUGUGAAAUUAACCAUCACUUAUAUUGAAGGACUGUUUUUAUGUGACUAAUGUCCACCUGUAAAGAAAUUGGGUAACUGCUAUGGGUAGUAAGGAAGGGAAAGGGGAGUAUGUUUUGCUUGUAGAGAAGAAAUGCUUUGAGGUGUGGUCUGAAGGCCAGGGAAUUUUGGGCCUGAUGGGCAAAGAGGAAAGAGCAUCUCAAGAAGAUGGGACAGCAUGAGCAAAGGUAAGGUUGACCAUGGCAUGUACAGGGGUCCUUGAGAAGAUUUGUCCUGCCUGGGCAGACAUAUCUCGGAUGGUCAGGGGAUAAGGUGAGUACUGAGGCAAAUUCUGCUCUGGUUUUUCUGGUUUACUGCAGUAUGUAGAGAAUAUGCUUGUUCUGGCCUGAGAUGACAGCUGACUGGUGCAGAGCAGUGUGUGCCACUGUCCUUAUGUGCUGCAUUGUACAGUGACAUGCUGAGAAUUCUUUCUGCAGGAAGCACUUCAAAUGAAGUAUAAUUGCCUUCAAUUUUUCUGUUAUAAACUUUGGCCACAGUUUCUACCUCUGUCAGCCUACUAAAGAUGCUUCACAAGAUCCAUGUGUUUGUUAAGGAUCGUGAGAUCUUCAAGAGACAGUGCAAGCAGAGGCACCAUGUGUAGUGGGUGAACUGUCUUGGGAUGCUGCUGCCACCAUGUGAAGAAGCCUAGAAGAAAAGGCCACAUGGAUAAGGCCCUUCCCUCCCUGCUGAGCCCAGCGAAGCAGCCUAUCUUGAAAUCCAUGGCCCAAAAUGACUCUACCAGUGGAGACUCUCUUCUGUGAAGAAGACGACCAGAUAAGAGGUUGGGAUGAGCAUGCCACUGCAUCAGAUCUCUGCCAUUCCAUCCCAGGAUGCCGCCUCUGCUAGAGUCUACAGAAGUAAGACCAAAGAAAAGGAGAGGGAAGAACAGAAUGAGAAGACUUUGGGACAUUCCGUGAGUCAUUCAAGCAACAUUUCUAAGGCUGGGAGUCCUCCGUCAGCAUCAGCUCCGGCUCCAGUGUCCUCCUUCUCUCGCACUUCUAUCACGCCAUCCAGCCAGGACAUAUGCAGUUCCAGUGCAGUGUUUUCUGAGUGUUGUCACCACAGUUCCGUGCAGUCUGCUGUUGUCUUGAAAGCUCCUCACUGCCAGAGUUCUCUGACACAAGGGCUCACUGUGACAGUUAUCUGUAAGGACACAUUACAGGCGUCAAAGAGAAAUUCCUUUGGUUCAGAAUGGGUCCAGGUCUUGAAGCCUGCUAAGAAUACCAAAGCCAGAAGAACACUAAAGUUCUCAAGGUCCCUCAAUGAUGUGGGUGAGAAGGCGCAGGAUACUUCAGAAAGUUUUGCCUAUGUGGAAAGAACUUGUUCUGAAGGAAAAUUAAUACUCCCUCAAGAUCCAUGUCUCAGAACUAACAGGUUUCAUCAUAAAGAAAAAAGGACCCUGAACCACAAACUUCUUGGCAAUUCCAAACAUUCUUGUGUUUCAUGCCUUUCUGCCAGUCGCUCAACUGCCUCCGAGGUGGAAGCUGGCAAGGGGGGCAGGCCCGGCUUGCUGCUGGAAGAGAAGGCAGAUGGUGAGGCCACGUCCCGAAGCCGGCGACUGCUCCAGUACCUGUUCUCACUCUCUCACGGCUCGAGCACCAGCAGCCUGCACAGGUUCCAUGAGCUGGAGAGCUGCGCUGCUCGCCUGCACACUGCCAAGUCCUCCAGCGGGCUGGCAGGGAGUAUGGGCUUCUGCUCUGAUGAGAUGGGAGACGACGACGUCUUUGAGGACAGCACAUCUGCAAAACUGAAGAGUAGGGUUCUGCGGGCGCCCCUCUGCUCCACGGAAAAGGACAGUGACCUGGAUUGUCCUUCUCCCUUCUCUGAAAAAUUACCCCCCAUAUCUCCCGUGUCCACGUCAGGGGAUGUCUGCAGGAUCUGCCACUGUGAAGGAGAUGAUGAGAGCCCCCUGAUCACCCCCUGCCACUGCACAGGAAGCCUCCACUUCGUGCACCAGGCCUGCCUGCAGCAGUGGAUCAAGAGCUCCGACACGCGCUGCUGCGAGCUCUGCAAGUAUGAGUUCAUCAUGGAGACCAAGCUGAAGCCGCUGAGAAAAUGGGAGAAGUUGCAGAUGACGUCCAGCGAGCGCAGGAAGAUCAUGUGCUCAGUGACAUUCCACGUCAUUGCCAUCACAUGUGUGGUCUGGUCCUUGUAUGUGCUCAUUGACCGUACUGCCGAGGAGAUCAAGCAGGGGCAGGCAACAGGAAUCCUAGAAUGGCCCUUUUGGACUAAAUUGGUGGUUGUGGCCAUCGGCUUCACCGGAGGACUUCUUUUUAUGUAUGUUCAGUGUAAAGCGUAUGUGCAAUUGUGGAAGAGACUCAAGGCCUAUAAUAGAGUGAUCUAUGUUCAAAACUGUCCAGAAACAAGCAAAAAGAAUAUUUUUGAAAAAUCUCCGCUAACAGAGCCCAACUUUGAAAAUAAACAUGGACGUGGAAUCUGUCAUUCCGAUACAAACUCUUCUUGUUGCACAGAGCCUGAAGACACUGGAGCAGAAAUCAUUCACGUCUGAUUGUGUGCGGGUUGUCAUUUUCCUGGACAUCUAUGAAGAGCCGAAGGAAAUUGUUUACUGCCAAUUGUAUACCUUUCUUAUGUCCUUUAAUAGCAUAGACUGGACAGGUGACUAUUUAUAGUGGUUUCUCUUUUUCUAAACCCUCCUUAGUCUCCUAGAAAACCUUCCUGUGGGCCGGGCAUGCCUGGGUCUUGCCUCUGCCUGGCAGCUCUGUGGGAAAGUGGAAGACCCCAUGAUGACAUCAUGGGGAGCCAGCAGAGUUCCUGCCCAUGGUCUUGAGCUGAAUGAGAGAAUAAAAUGCCAAUCCCAAGGGAAGAGGAGGAGCAGGGGUGCCCAGGCCCUGAUACCCAGCCGCCUCCAGCUUGCAGCAGUCCCCAGCCUGGAGCAGAGCAUUGGGGAAUGUCUAGCCAUGAUGAGAGGAUUCUCUCUGCACCACGGCGAACCCCAGGAGAUGGUAUUGAAACAGACCCUCAAACACAGACUCCUGCCUGCCCUCUGCCGAUGCUGCCUCCUCCAUGCUCUUGAGCAGGUGGGGCCGUGGUGCUCUGUGGUGGCGCAUGAUUCACUGGGCAAACAGCACUUUACAGAAGAAAAUCUUUAUUUUGUAAUAUGUGUGUCCAGUGGGAUUGACACUCAAAAAAAGUCUCACUUAGAAAUCUUCCCUUCCUUACCUUUGUAUCUCCUUUACAUCAUGAGAGAUCAAAAACCCAUUUUGCCUUAUAUAUGCUAAGAAGCGUGGCAUUUGUUCUGUUCAUAAAACAGACUAAUGACUUUAAGACAGGACAAGCAGGCCAAGGGCUUUUUUUUUUUUUUUUUUUAUCAAAGAUCUCAUGGGAAGUAAUGGAUGCUAAAUGGCAAUUAAAGCAUGAUGCCUAUGCUUUUGAGCCUGUUUUAUGACAAGGUGUUAUUUCGUAGACCUGCCCCGGUACAUUUCUUUUUUGUCAACACUGAAAAAGAACAGUUUCUGAGAUCGAAAUGGAAGGAAAGGAAGUGAGUAAUGACAACAAAACUGAAUAUUUAAAAAAUAUUCCUUUAUAGUUAAGUCUCUCCAGUUGGUGCUGGCUUCACAUUGAAAGAGCAGCCAUGUGCCACCCUGGCCAGGGUGUGUGCACUGCAUGCAGGUUCUCCCUUGCAUGCAAGAUGGGUGCUGGCCCACCAUGAGGCUUCUGCUCGGGGAAGUUCUGUGGAGUCACUGCCAGGGCCAAGAGGCAGGUGGGCUGGCUCUGGGACGAGGGCCAGGUGUGAGCGAACUGCCAGGGUCCGCUGUGCCACUUUCCCCGGCCACAUGCCCGCUCAGCUGUCGCCUUAACUGGACUGAACAGACAGGAUCCUUCGGGGCCCUUGGCCUCACUCUCAGUCCAUUCUGUCAUCAGGGAUUACCACCCGUACCAUUUUCAUAAAACAAAACCAAAAUCACUACCAUCAAAUGGCCUUGUCCCUCUAAAAAGUCUGCUUAAAAUUCUGUUUUUAAAACCCAGUUUCCUAGUUUUCCAGGCAAAUAGUUACCUCCGGGAAAGUUGCCGGGGGGCCUGAAACACAAUGUAAGUAGCGCAGAUGCUUCCUUUCCAGGCCAUUCUCUCACCCAGCCUGCAGGGAGGAGAUGGGAGAUGCUGGGGGUCCUGCCCUCAGUCUUUCUGGGCCUUAGGCGUUUCGUUGAUCCUGCUAAGGGGAUGAAGCAAACAUAAGGUGAUUUCUUUGCCUUUCAGAGUAGAAGCCCUGGAGUUUGUUUUGAAGGCCAGGAGGCUGAAGGAUCUCUAAGCUACGGUGUGGGCUUAAUAGCAGCAGGCUUUGUCCUCCUGUCUCCUCCAAGCCAGUGUCUGACUCCUUGGCAACACAGGUCUUAGUCUGUGGCGUGGCUCUGCUGUGGCCUUCCUCUGGCCGGGCAGGCACUGUCCAGCCAUAGCCAGCUCCUGAGAAUAGGUCAGCCUCUCCUGUCUGUCUCCCAGGGCACAUCCAGCCCGUGCCUGUGUUCAUUGUGCCCCGAAGUGCAAUUACCCGUACCCCUUCUCAGCCUGGGGACCCCAGGCAACCAGAGACUGUCCACUCAGGGGAGCUGAAUCCCAGGUCAGCCCUGCCAGUGUCCCUUAGGAACUGCCCAGGCAAGGCCCCUGGUUUUGUAUACUUGUUCCUGCCACCCUGUAGUAGAUGAGUGUUUCAGGUGAAGAGCAGGAUAGAUUUUCUAAGUGUGAAUCCCCACUUCACAUAUGGAACCCGUUAUGCUGAACUUGAAAAGCACCAAGAUCCUGUAGACAAGAAAGUGCUUAGGUAGGGACAGCCCCUGGGCAGCCCACCCAGUGUGGCUGGCACCCCACUAUGGCAAAGGUGCCUUGAUAACUGAGCCCUGUAUCCCUCCCAUGCCCAACCAGAUUCUCAUGGGAAGCCCUCUCCCUCCUUUUCUGCCUAACACCAUCUCAUCAUUUCUGGCCUCACUGUGGACAAUCCACACACAUUCUUUCCUCUCCUGGCGGGGCACAGAGCCACCCCCUUGCCUUUUCUUUUCUUGAAGAUUCUAGUUCAGCUCCUCAUUCAUCAGACCCUUCCAGCCCCCUGCAUCUAGCAGUGAAGCAUGAAGCCUGGUGGGGAUGUGGUACUCCCAUCUGGUGUGGCCACUGGCUCUGCCAGUGUUCCUGUAGCCUUAGAAAACUUGCUCUCUCGGUUCUUUUGGGUGCUGUGUACUCCCCAGCUUCCCCCCUGCCCAUUUUGCACCUGGGUUUAGUGAAAGGAUGGUAUUUGGUUGAUCCAUACAGAAACCCAGAAUGAGGUCUCAGGGCCAGGAGGCCUGGUACUUAUAGGCCAGGGAAGGGGAAGAGGCAAGUGGUCUAGGGUAUCACCAGCCAGCCCUCUCUGAUUUGGCCUCUACUCCCCAUAAGUCACAGUACCAUAAGCAGGCUUCUGGCCUCAGCAAUUUGGUCUUUGUGCCCAAGUUUAUUGUGAGAAUUUCCUGAAAACUCUAUAAAAGGUCUCUUCCUACUCUAGGCCUCUAAUGUUUCUCCCCUUUUUGCUUCAGUCCACUCUUCAGUCUUUGUAGGCCUAGUUUUCAAACCUGCACAUGUGUCCUACCUGGCCACAGGCAUGCAGGCCUCAGGCAGCUGGGCCAGUUUGGGAGCCUCGGGUGAUGUCUGCACGAUCUGGGGCUGCCUCUGCACCCCUGCUGUGGGUUUCAGGGUUGAAGAAGGGCUGGGACCAAGCAGGUGAGAUCCACAAGGCUCUGGAUGUAGCUGGAGGCAAAUACACAAUUGAAGUACUUUCCCUUUUGAAGUGCUUUCCCUUUUGAAUCUGGUUUGAAACAUGCAGCUUCCGUCUCUAGCCCAAGGAAAGACCAAAACAUAGGGAAAUAAAAGCAUUUAUCUUUGUCUUGGAAGUAAUUGUUGAAGUUGUGCAGUUGAUCAAUGCGCAGUUAGAUGCAAUGUUUAUAGAAAUUGAUUGUUAAACCAAAUUUACACUGGCAUGUGUGGUGUAGUUUCUAAAAAGCACUUCACAUUUGAAAUUUUUCUUACCUUAGAAAGUUUCUAGUGAUCUAAAUGUCUAGUUUUGUAUUCUUUUAUGUAUGUUCACUGUUUCUCAGUAUUACCACUUGAAUAAUUCUCUGUACAGGGGGGUUUGUGCUAUACACUGGGAUGUCUAAUUGCAGCAAUAAAGCCUUUCUUUAAAAAGGA